AUGUACUGUAAGCCUAUAGCACCACCACAAAGAGUGGCAUACUGCCGCCGUCCGUCGCACUCAAAGUUCGCCAUCCGUCAUCUAGCUUCCCUCGUGCUCCAAGUCUUCAACCCCUAUUCGCUGUCAUCGAUUGCGGUUGCUUCCUCGAGCUCGGCGUCCAUCGUCUUUGUCUGCUCAGCCGUGCUUCUAUCGCCGCGCUUCAAAACCCUAGCCCUAGGUUCUUCCUCAAUAGUUCUGCCGCAGUGUCGCCGCCAUCUUUAUUGUCGGCGCCUCCGCUUCUUCCUCUGCUUCUCUGUUCGAGGCUUGGAGCAGUUCGCCGUCGGGUCUCCGCUCUCCGUCAUCUCGCUGCUCGCUGUCCGUCUCUCCGUCGAAGCUGUAGGCAUUUCCUUGUCAGAGAGGAAAGCUCGUUAUUCUUAUGCUUCUCUCUGGGUUCUAUUGUCAACUCUUGCAUUUGUUGUUGUUUGCAUUCUUGUUUUUAAGCCUCUGGUGUCAUGGAUGAUACAUAAAACCCCAGAGGAACAACCCUUCAGUGAAACACAGAUAUGCAUUGUGCUUACUGGUGUUAUGAUCUCUGCUUUUAUCACUGAUGCACUUUGGACACAUGCUGUGUUUGGUGCAUUUGUCUAUGGUUUGGUUAUUCCAAAUGGACCACUUGCUGCUGCUAUCAUUGAGAAGCUUGAGGACUUUGUUUCUGGCCUUCUGCUACCUCUCUUCUUUGCUAUCAGUGGCCUCAAGACUAAUCUCACCUUGAUCAAGGGAGCCGCUAGAUGGGAUUUGUGAUCUUGAUGGUUCCUCUUACUUGUAUUGGCAAGGUCCUUGGUACUCUUGUUGUUUUUCUCCUAUUUCAAAUACCUGUCAUGGAAGGUGUAAUUCUUGGUCUGCUUAUGAAUAUUAAAGGGUUUGGCUUCAUUGAAAUUAUAGUGCUCAACAUUGGCUGGGAACAAAAGUAUUGGGCGAUGAAGUAUUUUCAAUCAUAGUUCUUGUAACAAUUCUGAUGACAACAAUCAUCUUACACAUAGUGGCAUUGAUCCACAAGCCAAGAAAAAGGCACAUAUCAUACAAGAACAGAACAAUACAAAGAAUAGGAACAGAUAUUUUAUGUAUUGUUUAUAAUUUAUUUAUUAUUUUAUUUUAAAAUGGUUUUUUCGGUCGAAUCACUAGUUAGACCGGUUAGACCAAUAAAUCAGUAAAUCAGUCACUAGAACGAUUUAAUGAUCGGUUUGAUUUUUAAAACCAUGGUCUCUACUGUAAU